CGGCUAGUAAAUUGAAUCGAGUUUUCUUUUACCCAAGCAAAAUGGCUGACGCGUCUUCGUCAGCGAUGCGCGCAAAGAAAAUACCCGAUAAUUUGUACGAGCUGUGCCUGACAAAUUUAGUGAACUACUUGCAGAAAUCUAAGUGCGACAGAAAUGUGCUCCAAGGGAUCCCGGACACCGUCCGCAUGGACGUCUACUACAAGAUGCUACAGGAGAAGAGGCUGUGCAUCCUGGGCGCUGAGCUCUCGGAGCUGGACACAUUCGAGCGUCUGAUGCGGUUCGCCGGCUCACAGCUCAGGCUCCUACAAUGUUUCCAAGCGGUGAUAGAGCACGGAUCCAAGUUGUCCACCGAACUGGCGACCAGCUACCUGGCUAAGUGCGACUGCCGGUGCCACACCCGAGCCUCACUCAUACAUCUCGGGCUAAGACUUGGUGGAUUCCUGAACGAGGCCGGUUGGUACGCAGACGCACAACGCGUGCUACUGCGUUGCCGCGACCUCUGCCGGGAGAUGCCGCAAACCACACACUACAAGAGACUCACAUUGGAAUGCUGUCAUAGGUUACUAAACACACAGUCGGCGUACUGCUGCUUCCCUGCAGCGGCGGAGACGUAUGCCCUGGCGCUGGACCUGCUGGGCAUGCCCGAUGACGUCCACGCCGAGAUGCCUGAACCAUUCGCAGCCGCUGAGGAUGAACGCAUUGAUCCUAAUGAUCCAGAACAUAAAUGCGACUCGGUGUGGUGGGUCCGCGGGUGCUGCGGGCGGUGCGGCGCGGGCGCGUGGGGCGCCACGUCGCUGCUGGCGCGCGUGUGCAAGGAGUUCUCGGCGCUCGCCUUCGUGCGCUGCGACUACUCCGCCGCCUACGACUGGGCCAUGCGCGCGCUCAAACUGCUCACUCCACACACGCCGCCUAAGAUCACGGUGGAGGUGCUCCGCGCGUGCGGCAAGGCGUGCGUGGUGAAGCGGCGGUUCGGGUCGGCCGGGCUGCUGGUGCGGCAGGCGGUGGCGCUGGCCCGCCGCGCCUUCGGCCCGCACCACCCGCGGUACGCCGCCGCGCUGCUCGACCUCGGCUUCUAUCUGCUCAACAUUGACUCGAUCGUGCACUCCGUCGCUGUCUAUGAGGAGGCACUCUGCACGCUGCGCCGCGUGUUCGGCCGCAGCAGUCUGCACGUGGCGACGGCGCAGGAGGACCUCGCCUACGCGCUCUAUGUACUCGAGUACUCCUCCGGACGGUUCUACAAGGCCAGGGACCAUGCUGAGCGGGCCAUACGGAUCAUUGAGAACUUGGUGCCCCCAGACCAUCUACUACUGGCGUCCGCCAAGCGGGUGAAGGCGCUCAUCCUCGAGGAAAUAGCACUCGAUACUCCUGCUGGACAGGAUAUGGCGGCGCCCAGUUUGUUGGAGGAGUCGGAGGCGCUGCACAAGGCGGCGCUGGAGCUGUCCAUGAUGGCCUUCGGGGAGAAGAACGUGCAGACUGCCAAGCAUUAUGGCAACCUCGGCAGGCUCUACCAGAGCAUGCACAAGUUCCAGGACGCGGAAACAAUGCACUUGAAGGCUAUAGCCAUUAAAGAAGAGUUACUGGGACCCGAGGACUACGAGGUGGGCCUGAGCAUCGGCCACCUCGCCUCGCUCUACAACUACCACAUGAACAUGCACUGCGCCGCCGAGAAACUAUAUCUGCGCUCCAUUUCUAUCAGCUUGAAGCUGUUCGGCGAGCGUUACUCCGGUCUGGAGUACGACUACCGCGGCCUCGUGCACGUCUUCACACAACUCAAGCGACACGACCGCGCCAACCAUUACAACAGGCUGCUGCAGCACUGGCAGGAGCUCCGCGAGCAGUCGAAGGCGGAGCAACAACCAGCGCUGGGCGAGGAGCAGAUAAUGCCGCUGUCGCAGUUGCUGGCGAAGUUCUUCGGCCCCAACGACUGAGCUGGCAGCCCGCGCAGGACUACUUACGUUAAGGCUUCAUUGACUACAGAAAUUGUCUGUUUAUCGUAGUGCACUCGGAGUUGCGAUGAUGCGAUGUAGAGGUUUCAUUUCGGCCGCGACGCGCCCAAACAUACAAAGUAUAUGAGCGCGUAUAAAAUUAUCGUAAGUUACUGUAAAUUGUCGAAUUGUAGCACAAAUGAGACCUCGACCGCUACUAGAACAGGUUUUGUAAAGCCGACACCGAGUGGGUAGCGCACUAGCGUACACGGUACGGUGCAGAGCUCGACGUAAUACUCAUACUGGCGGCCCUACACCUGCUCAACUUGUAAAUACGUAAUAUUGUCAUCGAGUGCCCGCUUUACACAACCUGCGCUAGCUGUAGUUAGGACCGGGACGCAUUGCCGUGUCUUAUAGUAACGCCAAAGGCUAGCUAAGUCAUAAAUUGUAAAAAUGCAGGCCAUAUGAAUGUGAUUGAGCCUAAUUGUUUGUCGGAUUGUUUGUAUCGCGUUAUGAUAGGUACGUGUGUGCCGGCCUUGACUGGCGGGCGGUGGCUCGCUGCUCGCCGUCUGGCGAGCUGCAGCGAGCUGCAUCAGUUACGUGUCAAAUCUAUUUGUUCACAUUUAUGUUGGUCGUACUGCGCUAGACUUACUGCACGUGUAUCAAGAGGCUUAUAAAGUUAAGUGUAAACAAAUAUUUUUGAUACUGUAACGUCAAUAUGUGAUGUUAUUGUGUAUGUAUUUCGUGUAAAUUUACUUUAGAUAUUGUUGCUUUCGCGUAUUAGUUUUAGUGAUUCGACGUAUGAUUGUUCAAUGUUUAGAGUUGAAAUUGUGUAUAUAUCGUUUGUUUUGCCGACGUUGCCAGGUCACUUGUUAGCGUACUGUAGCGCAUAAUAGAGCGAGCAAGUAUCUCAGAUGACAUAGUAUUCGUUGUGGAUCUUUGCUUAGUGCCCAGUGAAUCGUGGUUUAUUUCUCACUGCCGUUAUAUUGUAAACGUUCUUGUAUGUAAACUGUAUAAAUAUCACAAGUUAUAUUGUAGGAGUAGAAGAGAGGAACAUAUCUAUUAUUGCUUUGCAAAGAAGGCGCUCGUGAACUGGUCCUAUUUGUUAACAAGAUGCAAUAUAAAUAUGAGAUUGCGAAUAUCAAAUUUUAUUUUCUUACAUUCACAGCUUAAUGUGUUUACAACCCGAGCGUACGGCGCGUCGCGUUCCGCGCGCGCCUCAAAGAGCCUUUAUACCACCACAGAUGGGGCCCAAUA